AUGGCAGCGGUUGAGACAGCCUUCAGGACUGCGGCUGCCGGUUUAGAAUCUGCCAUAUCAACUAGAAUUCAUGACACUCAUCCUUUUCAACCGUUGGGCUCCCCGGCGGAGGAAGUGUACAGUUUGCUCUUUCGGUUACCAGGAGAGCCAAGCGAUGCAAAGGCAGCCUUCGAGAAACAGCUGCAGGCCUUCAUAGGCCAUAUACAGUUUCUCCAAAAUGGUGCUCUGGAGGGUGACAUAUCGCCACCUCAUUCAGACAAUGGAUAUUUACCACAUUCUACUCUGUGCGGGCAGCAUACUGAGAUGAUUCUAAGUCCUAAGCCCCGAAAGCGGAAGUUUGCAUGUCACCAAGUCGAUCAUACCCCUGAGUAUGGGUUCGCGAACGAUGAUCACUAUUCUCUGGUUAAACGCGCUCUUGAUGAGCAGAAAGACGAAAUCAAGCUGCCACGGGAAGUCGUUUCGAGCCUCUUUCGUGAACUGCUACGUCACCGCGCAGCAAACAAGCAUCCCGAUCACGAGGUAGACCUUCGGAAACAUCAGCAGAUGAACAAAGCGUUUCAAACAGCCUUGCAAGAGAUUGCAAAAGUCAUCACCAAAGUUGCCAACGGAGACCUAUCUACUAAAGUCCCGAUUCACCCGUUGGAGAUGGACUCGGAUAUCAUCACUUUCAAGGUCACAAUGAAUGCCAUGCUUGACCAGCUGCGAGUUUUCGCCAGUGAGGUCUCAAGAGUGGCGUGGGAGGUGGGAACUGAGGGCAUUCUCGGCGGCCAAGCUCAAGUAUCUGGGAUGCACGGCGUAUGGAGAGAAGUGACCGACAAUGUUAACACCAUGGCGCUGAACCUGACUAACCAGGUCCGGGAGAUUGCAGUGGUCACCACGGCGGUGGCCCACGGGGACUUGAGCCAAAAGAUCGAACGCCCUGCCAAGGGUGAGAUUUUCCUGUUACAGAAUACUUUCAACACUAUGGUAGACCAGCUCCGUACAUUUGCCACCGAAGUCAUUCGUGUCGCCCGAGAUGUGGGUAUUGAAGGGGUUCUUGGUGGGCAAGCGCGAGUAUAUGGUACUCAGGGAAUGUGGAAUGAACUUACGACUAACGUUAAUGCCAUGGCCAACAACCUGACCAUGCAGGUCAGGGACAUUGCAACUGUGACUACUGCCGUCGCCAAUGGUGAUCUAACUCAGAAGGUCCGGGCAGACUGCAAGGGAGAGAUACUGGCUCUAAAGAAUAUUAUUAACUCGAUGGUUGACCAGCUCCGCCAGUUCGCCCAGGAGGUGACAAAGAUCGCCAGAGAGGUGGGAACAGAUGGUGUUUUAGGAGGCCAGGCGACUGUCCACGGAGUCGAGGGUGUCUGGAAGGACCUAACUGAAAGUGUUAACAGGAUGGCAAUGAAUCUUACAAACCAAGUCAGAGAGAUUGCGGAUGUGACCACAGCUGUAGCUCGUGGUGACCUCAGCAAACGCAUCACUGCCAACGUGAACGGUGAAAUCUUAAACCUCAAGGAUACCAUCAACGGGAUGGUCGGUCAGCUGAACCAGUUUGCGUCUGAAGUUUGCAAAGUUGCGCGUGAGGUUGGUGUCGAUGGAACUCUAGGUGGUCAGGCUGUCGUUGCCAACGUCGAGGGAGAGUGGAAAGCCCUGACAGACAACGUCAAUAUGAUGGCAGACAAUCUGACCUCGCAGGUCCGGGCCUUUGGACAAAUCACCAAUGCAGCCACUGAUGGUGACUUUAGCAAACUGAUCACCGUCAGCGCGUCCGGCGAAAUGGACGAGCUAAAGCAAAAAAUCAAUAAAAUGAUCUCUAAUCUACGUGACAGUAUACAGAGGAAUACUGCAGCUCGAGAGGCGGCCGAGCUGGCCAACCAGAGUAAAUCAGAGUUCUUAGCCAAUAUGAGCCAUGAGAUUCGGACGCCCAUGAAUGGUAUUAUUGGUAUGACUCAACUGGCCCUUGAUACCGACGACUUGCCUCCCCCAACUCGGGAGAUGUUGAACGUGGUCCAUAACCUGGGAAAUAGCCUGUUGGUGAUUAUUGAUGAUAUUCUCGACAUUUCAAAAAUUGAAGCGAAUCAUAUGAAGAUCGAGUCUGUUCCGUUCAGCUUGGGACAGACAGUUUUUAAGGCCCUAAAAAUCCUUGCAGUCGAAGCGAGCGAGAGAAGCCUCCAUCUUACAUACCACAUCAACAACUCGGUGCGAGACUGUGUGAUCGGAGAUGCCUUUCGUCUAAGACAGAUCAUUCUGAACCUCAUCGGGAAUGCGAUAAAAUUCACGGAGACGGGCCAAAUACAGCUUACGAUCAAGGAGGCGGUACCAAGGUGCCAUCCGGACAAGUACCUGCUCGAGUUCUCGGUCUCAGAUACUGGAAUUGGCAUUGACAAGAGCAAGUUGGAUUUGAUAUUCGACAAGUUUCAGCAGGCUGAUGGCUCCAUGACAAGGAAGUUCGGUGGCACUGGUUUGGGCUUGUCAAUAUCGAAGAAACUGGUCAACCUCAUGGGAGGAGAUAUUUGGGUCACCUCAGCCGUAGGUGUUGGGAGCACUUUCCACUUCACCUGUGCAUUUACCUCCUUAGAUCCGCCUGUCAAGGACAUUACCAAAUAUGUUAUACCAUACAAGGGCUGUCGAGUCUUGUUUGUCGAGAAGAUUAGUGGUCAUUGCAAUGAGGACGGAAAAGGAAUCCAACAGACACUGCAACAAAUGGGCCUUCACGUGGAUGUCGUGAGGCUUGAGGAUGGAGCUGCACCGACAGAAACCGCGGCUCAGCACGGCAAAGACCUUCGUCGGCAAUACGACGUCUUGAUCGCUCCAACAAUGGAUUCUGUAUCGCAGCUACGAAAUUUCGACCGGUUCAAGACUCUCCCCGCCGUGCUAGUGUGUCCCGUGGUGUCAGUGGCCAUGAAAUCCGCUUUGGAUCUGGGUAUCACAUCCUAUGUGACCACACCCUGUCGUCCGAUCGAAUUAGUCAACGGUAUUCUUCCCGCCCUGGAAGGUCGCCCUUCUCGCCGUUCCGCGGAGGAAACGCGUCCUUUGGCUAUCCUCCUUGCCGAGGAUAAUGAGGUCAAUCAGAAGGUAGCUCUCAAAGUAAUGCAGAGGUAUCACCACAACGUGACAGUCGUCUCGAACGGACAAGAGGCCCUUGAUGAGUUUCGCCACAAGCAGUACGACGUAAUAUUGAUGGACGUUCAAAUGCCAGUCAUGGGUGGGUUUGAAUCGACCCUUAGAAUCCGAGAUUACGAGAGGCUUCAUUCGCUUCCACACACCCCAAUCAUCGCCCUCACGGCUCACGCUAUGUUCGGUGAUCGGGAAAAGUGUAUAUCGGCGGGAAUGGAUGAUUACCUUCCUAAGCCGCUCAACCAGACGCAGAUGAUGGAGAUGAUCCACAAACAUGCCACCCUUCGGGAUGUUCUAUGUUGA